AUGUACACGCGAUUCACCUUCUCUUCUCAGCCUGCCAUUGCUACUGGCCCAACUGCAUGCAAGCGCGCACCUACGGUGACACCACUGCCAAGCAAAGCCCAGAGCAAGUGUGCUCGCAAGCACACGGCCAACGCAAAGGCCGGUGAGUGCCCUGGCUUCGACAAGGUCGCGGUGCAUCGCCAAAAUGGCCGCUCGUCGACAUCUGUAAUGGAACCGCCCGUCCCCUGCGCACCAAUUCAGUUGGGCUUUGGUGGAAUGGUCGAGAAUGAUGAGAUCGAAGAGGUCCCACCUGCAGGAGGCCACCCCGUGGGCAGCAACAAUCCAAGUGUUGCUGUCGAGUUCCAUCGCAAAGUGGCUCCUCGUCGUGGUGUGUGUGCGGAGAGGCCAAAGAAGAAGGGAUACAUGCAAGGCGAUUUGGAUCCCGAACACAAGAAGCUCUGGUCCGUCUUUCAGCCGACAUUCAUCUCCUACUAUGCCUGUCUUGGCCCUGACCAGCUCAAACACCCUUUCGAUAACGACGAUCUGGUCAAGCAUGUCCAAACCGUGUGCAAGCAUGUCUACGGCAGCCAGUCGCGCUAUCUCAAGAAAAUCGGGCCGAACGAACCCGUGUACGAGAACGUGCGUAGUCGUUUAUUCUCUCUUUAUAUUGAUGUCAGUAGUCACAACGGUCUCUGUUAG